CGCGCUAUAUUUCCUUGGUACUUCACCCCCACGAGAACUCCUUUUCCUGGUUGUUCCCUCCAAAUUUCUAGAGUCACCCUGUUUAUCGAAUGACUUCACGCGAACUCAUCGAUGCUCAAUUCGACCGUGCAGUAGAAAUCGUACAAGGUCUUCCAAAAACGGGCCCAAUACAAACCGACUAUGAAGAGAAACUGACGAUGUACAGUCUUUAUAAACAAGCGACUGUCGGAAACGUGAAGUCACCGCGACCUGGAAUGUGGGAUAUGCUUGGGAGGGCAAAAUGGGAUGCCUGGGCUAAACAUAAGGAUCUUGACCCUCACGAAGCUAAAUGGCUAUACGUUGAUGCUCUCUUAAAGGUCCUACGAAAGUAUUCCGACAAAACUAUUGCAAAGGAUUUAGUCCAAGAAUUGGAAUCCUAUAGCGGAGAUCCUUCUCAUAUCAUAUUGAGUCGCACACUCUCAAAAUCCGAAGGCUCCGAAUCCUCUGGCUCUACGACAUCAGAGGAUGAUGCUGUUCCGCCCCAACUUCCCCGUAGUACCUCUCAAAGUCAGAGCCAGAUUCGCCCGUUCCAACACAAGCCCGUCCGUCCUCAAGCCGAAAUAGAAUCUGGGGACGACGAGGAAGAUGAUGAUGAUGAUGAUGAAGCUCGAGAGCUACCUAUGCAAGGACAAGCAAACCCAAUUCUUAUCCAGAGCCAACUCACUCGCCCGCAAUCGUCUAUGUCUGCCACCUCAAACCGCUAUAGAACGCCACUUGCCGGAUCUCUCGCCAUGUCGCCGCCCCUGAACCAAAUGAUUCCCACCAUUCAACCUCUUCCGGGUUUUGAAACGCCGUCUGCGUUCGCAGAGCCUUCCCCUACCUCCAUCCCAUCCUCUCUUUACCCUGCUACCAGCUCCAUAGCAGGGUACCUAGAGUCGUCUCGCGGUAUGACGUCCCCACCCAGUGUCUUUCCUGCUCCCUCGUCAUCGUAUCAUUCACAAUCUCAACCUAUGCCGUUGGGCCAGUACGGAGUCGUACGAUCCGCAUCUUCUAUCGCUUUGGAACGUGCACUUGAAAGCAUGCAAGCCCAACUCGCAGCUUUUAACGAGCGACUCGAGAUCUUCGAAGCAACCACAUCGCCCUCUGGAUCUCGGACACGAUUGCCCACCUCCAGAGAUGGUUUUUUACCUGGUGGCCGGGGUGGUGGAAGUCCCACGGAUAGACAAGGGAGUAUCGAAUGGGACACGGAGGAUCUUGGAUUGUGGUCUUUCGUGGUUACUCCUACACUCCGAGGGUUAGAGUUUCUGAAACAGGUGGCGGGGUUCUUUGCGAGGAGUGAGGGGAAUCGGUCUCCGUCUUUAAUUGUAUUGAGGCGACUAUGUCUUGAUGCGUCAUUCAUUUUGUGUUUCCUCGCUCUGUUCCGAAUCUUGUGGAGAAAGAGCGGAAUUAGGAGACGAGAAGUCAACGCUGCGUUGGUUGUUCUUUGGAGAGCUCUUUUAGGCCGGAAGGAGCGGUUGUUAGUGGAUCGAGGAGUCUAAAUUUACGACACUACAUGUUGUAAGGCCAUACAGAUACGAAAGUGUCCCUGCUCUUU